AUGUCGUUCCUAAAUUCAGAACUCAAUCAGCGUGUGCCUGGCCAAGCAGUAAACAGUGCAGGUCAACAGCAGCAAUUACUAUUAGUAGAAGAAAACGAAGUUGCGGAAAAUGAUUGUAGUAGGUUAGUUCAAGAGUCUAUUAGGGUGGCGGCCCAGACAAAUAGUCUGGCCCAGACGACCGUUGAGGAAUUGAAGUCGCAAACAGACCAAAUACACCGAAUUCAUCGCGAUGCUGCAAGAACAUCAGAUAAUCUGGCAACGACAGAAUAUCUGAUUGAGGGCAUGUCUAGUUGGUGGUCUGCUUUGAAGCAAGUAUUUGUCCCCCCACCGAAGGCCACGGACCAUAAAAUUGGUCGGAACGCGCCAAAGCUAAUGGAGGGCGCGGGCGCCGUGCCGAGACAGGCGGCGGCGUUGCCAGCGAAAGACGGGAAAUCUUCCGUGGAUUCAAACAUUGGGGAGUUGGCAAAUAUCUUGGACGAAAUGAAAUCUCGCGCGAUCGAAGCAAAUCGUGAGUUGACAUAUCAAAAUGGCGAGUUGGUUGAAGUCCAGGACGUCAUGGAGUCGAACGAGUCCAAGAUCGCGCGGCAAAGACGAGAUCUUGAUUUCUUGUAG